GCCACAAGGGACAGGAACUGCCUUGGAUUUGUCCUCUGCUGUCUCGUUCUCCGUGGGGACAGGAAUUGUCUUGGAUUUGUCCUCUGCUGUCUCGUUCUCCGUGGGGACAGGAAUUGUCUUGGAUUUGUCCUCUGCUGUCUCGUUCUCCGUGGGGACAGGAAUUGUCUUGGAUUUGUCCUCUGCUGUCUCGUUCUCCGUGGGGACAGGAAUUGUCUUGGAUUUGUCCUCUGCUGUCUCGUUCUCCAUGAGGAGCGUUUGAACGAUUUCCUGUGAGGGAAACGCACUCGGUGUGUCCCGGUGCUCUGCAGUGACCUCGGGAGCGCCGGUGACAGCUGGGACAGGGCAAGGCUGGCUCAGAGAGGGGGACAGGGCUGGGCCAGUGUCACCCUGAGAUGUUCCACCUUGGCCCUAAGCUCCAUCAUGACUCAGAUCCUCUUGGGAUGCAGUUCUGGGUUAGGAGCCUGUGAGCAGCUGGUUCCACGCUCGAGUUGAUGCUCGUGGAGCAGGAGAGGAAACGGGUUCAGCUUCUUGGCAGGUCCAGCAGGACUUCAGACCUGGCUGUGAGGUGUGAAGCUCCCCUGGAAGGACCUGGUGCCACCAUCCCAGACCAAACACAGCUCAAGGAAUGUCUCCAGCUCUUGGAUCCUCGCAGAGACAGACGGAGGAGGCAGAGCCCUGCUCUGCUCAGCCGAGCCCUGCACGCACCUCCCUCCGUGGGAAGCACUAGGAUAAUGAUUUAUUCCCCAAAGUCCCUUUUCCAGCCCUGCAGCAGUGACUGUUCCCACGGGCUGAGUGGGAAUAUCCCCCUGCUCUCAGACACAUCCAGGCAUUCCCACAUUCCCACAUUCCCAGGUCAGCUGGGUCCCAGGGAGGUUCCCAGCCACGCUCUGCUCACAGCCCCUGCGCUGCCUGUGGGGAUGCACAAGGUGACAGUGACAUCUGGCCGUGGUGAGCAGCCCUGGUGGCUCCCCAGGCCUCUCCUCACCCCUGUCCUGCAGUGUCCUGGUGGCUGUAGCUCCUGGUCAGGGUUUAGUGCCAGUGGGCAGUGCUGGAGCUGCAUGUGCAGAGCAGCAGCUCCUCCAGCCCCUGGCACUGUCAGUGGCUCCACCUUAGGGCUGUGGGAUCCCUCUCCAUCCCUUCCAUCUGCCCAGGAAUCCUGGGCUCUGUCCAUGUGCUUGGACAGCUCUGCCAAGGGAUCCGAGAAUCAGAGUCCUGAGCUGGGAGAGACCCUCAGGGAUCAUCAAAUCCCCCCCUGCCCUGCCCAGACCCUCCAGCAAUCCCACCCUGGGCAUCCCUGGGAGCUCCUGGAGCUCUGGCAGCCUUGGGGCCGUGCCAAUUCCCUGGGGAGCCUGAGCAGUGCCAGCACCUCUGGAUCAGGAACCUUUCCCAAAAUCCAACCCAAUCCUGGCCCAGCUCCAGCAUUCCCUGGUCCUGUCCCUGGGCAGCAGAGGGAAGAGAUGAGAGCUGCUGCUGUGCUGCCCCUUGGGAGGAGCUGAUCCUUUGGCUCCUUGGGGCAGGCUGGUGCUGCCAGAGCUGUCCCCUCCCAGCACAGGGACAGCAGGAGGAGGAUUUCCACAUCCUGGGUGUGUCCUGAUCCCAUCACCAUGGAGGAGGACACAGCAUCGCUGGGACUCAUGGCUGCUGGGGCUGUCACCUGUGAGAGGCUUUGCAGAGCUCCCAGGUGGAGAUUUGGGUGUUUCCAUCCCAUGGAUGGAUGGUUGGAUGUUCCCAUCCCCAUGGAUGGAGAUUUGGGUGUUUCCAUCCCAUGGAUGGGUGAUUUGGGUGUUUCCAUCCCCAAGGAUGGGUGGUUGGAUAUUUCCAUCCCCAGGAUGGAGAUUUGGAUGUUUCCAUCCCAUGGAUGGAUAUUUGGAUGUUUCCAUCCCCAAGGAUGGGUGGUUGGAUGUUUCCAUCCCCAAGGAUGGAGAUUUGGGUGUUUCCAUCCCCAUGGAUGGAGAUUUGGGUGUUUCCAUCCCCAAGGAUGGGUGGUUGGAUGUUUCCAUCCCCAUGGAUGGAGAUUUGGGUAUUUCCAUCCCCAAGGAUGGGUGGUUGGAUGUUUCCAUCCCCAUGGAUGGAGAUUUGGGUGUUUCCAUCCCCAUGGAUGGAGAUUUGGAUGUUUCCAUCCCCAUGGAUGGAGAUUUGGAUGUUUCCAUCCCCAUGGAUGGAGAUUUGGAUGUUUCCAUCCCCAUGGAUGGAGAUUUGGAUGUUUCCAUCUCCAGGAUUAUGCACAGCUGUGCCUGCUCCUUGCAGGGAGGGAGCAUCAGGUCACUUCUCUUUCCAUCAUGCUGAGAAUGAACUGGACUUUUUUCAAGCCCAGGAAGAACAUUUUGGGUGAAAAGUGAGGCAAAAAGAAAUGAAAAUGUAAUUCCCCCUUAGCUGGCUCCUCACCCUGUGUUUGGCCUGGUGGAGGGGGACAAAUUCUGAGGUGGCUUUCAGGCAGGUGACAUUCACCUCUGUGCUGGAGCAUCGGUGGUGACCCUGGGCCAGUCUGGGGGUCCCUGGGCAGCAGAAAGCUGCUGUGGGCAGUGGAUGCAGCAGCCUCUGGUCACCCUGGAGCUGUGUUUGAACCCCUGGCAGGCGGGAGCUGCGCCCUGUGGUGUUCCCAGUGCUGCCAGUGGGCACCAGUAUCUCAUCCAAACACCUGCCUGGGGCUCCUUAUCUGCUGGCUGGGUGGGAGCAGAGCUCUGCCCCACCCUGCUGCCUCUCCUGGGAGCUUUGUGAGCAGCUCAGCUGGGUUCAGCUGUUCCAUCCCUGCAGGGUGCCAGGAGAGGGGGCAGCCAGGGGUGCUGACUGUGCCUUGU